AUCAUGUCCACACAACAAACACGGCAUCCGCUCUAACCUGCAUGACGUUAUUAGUCGAUGAGAAAGAUUAACUCGGUUUGCUUAAGUCAGUGUCUAUGUGGGCGAAACAUACACCAAGAUGUCUCUAUAGCCCACAGAACGCAAGAUGCGAUGUUAUCUGCGUGCAUUUCUCCUGUGCACCGGGGUCGCCUUCGUGUCGGACACCGCGGAGGAUAGCCAGGGGAGGGGGCUCAGCGAGCUGACGAUAUCCGACGCAGGGAGGCAUGACGCGGGGACCGUUGUCAGGAAAAGCCCCGGAUUGACAGGCCGCGAGCUGGACCGGUGUAAAUCACAGCCAGUUUCUAACUGGAAUCCAUAUUGGAGACUGCCUGCUGAUGUUUGUGGACUCAACUGCUUUUUGGAAUCGUCCUUUAGAGACGACAAGGCAGGCUAUAAAGCCGAGAAGCAAGGCGAGGAGAGCAGUCACCUGGCCGUGGUAGCCUGUGGACCCCGGCUGGACGAGACUCUUACCAUGCUGAAGUCUGCCGUCCUGUUCAGCAAAAAGCCUGUGAAAUUUUACAUCUUUGCCGAAGACGAGCUUCACAGCAGCUUCAGAGAUGCGCUGCACUCCUGGCCUCGAUCUGUUCAGACUAGGUUCAACUUCACCAUCUACUCCAUCACUUUCCCUACGGAGAACGAAAACAAUUGGAGGAAACUCUUCAAACCGUGUGCCUCUCAAAGGCUCUUUUUGCCAGUAUGUUCAUCCAACAUCAUAAGCAAUCAAACAUCUGCAAAAAUAAUGCUAAAAAAUAAAUUAUUUCCUAUUUUCCCUAAGCUCAUCCUGAAGGAGGUGGACUCCUUGCUGUAUGUGGACACAGAUAUCCUCUUUCUGCAGCCUGUGGAAGACAUCUGGGCCCUCUUCACGGAGUUCAACGCAAGCCAGCUGGCCGCCGUGGCUCCAGAACACGAGGAGCCACGUAUCGGCUGGUAUAAUCGCUUCGCCCGCCACCCUUACUACGGCCAGACUGGCAUCAACUCAGGGGUCAUGCUCAUGAACAUGUCACGCCUCAGGCAAACUUUUUUUAAGAAUGACAUAACUGCUGUUACACUUCAGUGGAGUGAAAUGUUGAUUCCCCUCCUGCACAAGUACAAACUCAACAUCACCUGGGGGGACCAGGACCUUCUCAAUGUCAUAUUUCACCAUAACCCAGAAAGCCUCUAUGUGUUCCCCUGCCAAUGGAACUACCGUCCAGACCACUGUGUCUAUGGCAGCAACUGCAAGCCGGCAGAGAAGGAGGGCGUCUUCAUUCUUCAUGGGAACAGGGGAGUCUACCAUAACGAAAAGCAGCCGGCGUUUAGAGCCGUCUAUGAGGCCAUCAAACAGUACUCCUUUGGCGACAACAUGGAGACCUCACUGCUUCAGCCCCUGGAAGCAUCUCUACAGACCACCACCAAUUCUUACUGUGGACAGGUGAGCCACCUGUUUACCAAGAAGCUGAAACAGAGUAUAAAGUCUGUCAUACAGGGAAGGUGAUUAGUCCAAAGAUCACACACCAACUCUCAAUACCAUAAUUUAGAUCUAUUUUGUGAAGUACCAUAUUUUGCAGACUAUAGAGCAGACUGGUAUAUUAGCCGCAAUACAGGGUGUAGGCUAGUAAAGUACCACGAUACUAUUGAAUCAUAUUCGGUACUAUACCGCCUUUAAAAGGAAGUUAUAACACUGAAACACCCUCAGGAAGGUGCUUUAAGACAUGGCUAGCUAGCUAGCAGCUAACGUCCAUCCGCACUCUGCUGUGUUUUAGCUACUUCUAAAUCACUAAUCCUGGCCUCCAUGGUGACAAAUAAAGUACGUUUCUUACAAGUAUUAUCACUGCAGGACGAGGAAUAGCUAAACAUGCUUCAUUACACACCGUAGGAGGAUACAAUAGCUCACCGCUAACAAAAGCUAGCGCUCCUCAAUGUAAACAAAUCCACUGUAUCAUUACAGUGGAUCUACACCUGACAUCCACUGUAAUGAUACCAAGUACAAUAGCAUAUUUAGUCGUUACUACUAUGAUUACAUCAAUAUUUUUUAUCAUCAUAAAAUCUUUUGUAUUUAUUUUUUUAUUCAUAUUAUGUUUAUAAACUCAGUAAAUAUGUCCCUGGACACAUGAGAACUUUGAAUAUGACCAAUGUAUGAUCCUGUAACUACUUGGUAUCGUAAUGGAUACCUAAAUGUGUGGUAUCAUCCAAAACUAAUGUAAAGUAUCAAACAGAAGAAUUAGUGAUUAUUACAUUUUAACAGAAGUGAACAGCAAAUAAGCAGAUAUUAACAGUAAAUGAACAAGUAGAUUAAUAAUCAAUUUUUACACUUUGUCCUUCAUAAUGUUGACAAAAUAAUAGAAUAUAAAUGACAAUAUGUUAAUGCAUACUUCAGACUAAUUAGGAGCCUUUGUUUGCUUACUUACUAAUAAAAGACAAGUUGUCCAGUAUGUUCACUAUUUUAUUUAAGGACAAAAUUGCAAUAAGAAACAUAUGUUUAAUGUACCAUACAUUUUUUUGUUAAAAUGAAGCCAAUAACGCCAUUUUUUGUUGUCCCCUUUAUUUAGAAAAGUAUCGAAAAACAUUUUGGUACCGGUACCAAAAUACUGGUAUCGGUACAACCCUAGGUGCGCUAAAAAAAAUGACAAGAAAUGACAGGCAAAAGUCAAUUUCUAGUUCUUAACCUGUUUUAAACACUUUUUGCAAGUAUGUAAUGACUAAUUAUGCAAAUCUGCCCCUCCGCCCAACCCACCAAGUAGAUUGCAGCCUGUGGGAAAGACGAAUCUUCGUGUUUUAAGUAAAGGGACGACCUGUAUCUUUGAAUAGUUCCAUCCACUCCAUCUGUUUUCAAACAGUUCCACGGCUUUCUUCAAAGAUUUUUUGGUACAUGCCUCCCAAUAAGCUGCAUGACAAACACACUGGGGCCUACUGAAUUAUUAUCUGUUUACAACUGCCAUACUGUGUGUAACUUGGGAUGGUACUACUUAAAAUGUUAUGUGUUUUCGAGUGCUGCUUCAUAUGAAAUACUACCAUCCCUUCCUUUUCAUUUUCUCCCUCAUCAUGGAAGAAAACACGCUGAGUUUACUUUGGCCCUGCAAAGAUUAUUAAGUUUCGCAGCAGAAGAGACAAUCAGAAAGAGGGAGAUUUGUAUUAAUGGCAAAAUCAUGAUGAUAAUAAGAGUAAUAAUACAUUUUGUUUAGAAGCACUUUUCAAAAAGCUCAAUUAGCAAUACCGUAUUUUUCGGACUAUAAGUCGCAGUUUUUUUAAUAGUUUGGCCGGGGGUGCGACUUAUACUCAGGAGCGACUUAUGUGUGAAAUUAUUAACAGCCCUUUGAGACACUUGUGAUUUAGGGCUAUAUAAAUAAACAUUGAUUGAUGAUUGAUUAACACAUUACCAUAAAAUAUCAAAUAAUAUUAUUUAGCUUAUUCACAUAAGAGACUAGACGUAUAAGAUUUCAUGGGAAUUAGCGAUUAGGAGUGACAGAUAGUUUGGUAAAUGUAUAGCAUGUUCUAUAUGUUAUAGUUAUUUGAAUGACUUACCAUAAUAUGUUACGUUAACAUACCAGGCACAUUCUCAGUUGGUUAUUUAUGAGUCAUAUAACGUACACUUAUUCAGUCUGUUGUUCACUAUUCUUUAUUUAUUUUAAAUUGCCUUUCAAAUGUCUAUUCUUGGUGUUGCGUUUUAGAUGGAUAGAUAGUACUUUAUUGAUUCCUUUUUAUCAAAUACAUUUCCCCAAACAAUGCGACUUAUACUCCAGUGCGACUUACAUAUGUUUUUUUCCUUCUUUAUUAUGCAUUUUCGGCCAGUGCGACUUAUACUCCGGAGCGACUUAUACUCCGAAAAAUACGGGAAAAGUAGAAUUAACAGAAUAUAUGACUUUUGUACACACUACCUACAGUCCAGUAAGGUAGAAUAAAGAACAAUUGUUUCUUUCUAUUAUCACAUUUUGGUACAAAUUAGUGACUUGUGACAAAGACAAGCAAAAUUAAUGACUUGAACUGGUUGUGUUAUCAUGUCUUUAAAUUAAUUAUUUAUAUAAUAUUCAAUGUUUGUAUGAACCAUGGACACAGCUGUAAAGUUUGCAACUGAUGCUAGCAUUAAACUUUAAUGUCUUAAAGAAGA